UUGUGGCCUCCGCCUUAGGGAUUCUCUAUCAGACGUUCUAUAUGGGGAUCGUUCUUUUCGGCCGGCCACAGCUAUGGCAGCAGUCUCGGGGUUUCCUGUCGGCUACUCUAUUGUCCUUGUUUCGGCAGCCUCUGUGUUCUACACAUCUCUAGGUGGGAUCAAAGCCGUGAUUUGGACAGACGUUAUUCAAAGUGUCAUCAUGUUGGGUGGUAUGCUGACCGUCGUGAUCAUGGGUUCAAUUUGCGUGGGAGGGUUUCACGAAAUGUGGCUGCUUAAUGUCAAUGGCGGAAGGGUGAAGUUUUUCGAUUUUGAUCCCAAUCCGCUGACCCGGCACACUUUUUGGUCAUUAGUGUUUGGGAAGGCAAUCCGCAGCAUGGGGAUGGGGUUUAACCAAUCGACAAUCCAAAGAGUGGUAUCUGUGAAAACACAAAAGCAGGCUAAAAUCGUGGUAUGGUCCAUGUUUCCCGGAUUUGUGGUGUUUGGAACGCUUGCCUGCCUGGAGGGGAUGGUGUCAUACGCAUACUUCUCCUACACGGGCUGCGACCCAUAUGGGGCCAAAAUUAUCAGUAACGCCAAUCAGGUACUGCCCUAUGUAGUAACCGACCUCUUCCAGAAUUUACCUGGACUGUCUGGGCUGUUUUUGGCCUCUUUGUUCAGCGCCUCCCUAAGCACACUGUCCUCGGCCCUCAGUAGUAUAUCGGUGUUGGUGUGGACGGAUUUUCUACAGACUCACAUGAAACACGCCUCUGAGACAAAAGCCACCAUUAUCGCAAAGCUUGUGGUGGUGGUGUUUGGCUUGGUGUCUGUUGGCGUUGCCUUCCUUAUAAAGACUAUUGGUGGGCCUUUACAGCAGGUAUUACACUUCACACUUCAGACUUUGUGGAUUGCAUCAGUAUUGAAUAUAUUUGCCCAGUUAGAUAUUCGCUUACAGUAA